CCCGUACCUGCCCUCUCUGCCCCUCCUGCAGUACAAAAGCUCUACGCAUGCGAAGUGACUUUCCGGUUUUUUUUUUUGGUGGAAGCAAGACACACGGUGACAAAGAACAGCCCGUUGCCCAUCAUGGCUGACGAUGAUUUCACCACUGCGGACUCCGGCGCUUCUACAACAUACCCCAUGCAGUGCUCUGCACUGAGGAAGAACGGCUAUGUCAUGCUGAAAGGACGUCCCUGUAAGAUCGUUGACAUGUCUACCUCUAAGACUGGCAAGCAUGGGCAUGCCAAGGUUCACCUUACUGGACUUGACAUCUUUACUCAGAAGAAGUUAGAAGAUAUCUGCCCAUCUACCCAUAACAUGGAUGUCCCAAAUGUAACAAGGAAAGACUACCAGGUAAUUGAUGUCUCAGAUGGCUUCUUGGCCCUGAUGGAUGACAACGGAGACACCAGAGAGGACCUUAAAGUGCCAGAUUGUGACCUGGGCAAAGAUAUCGAAAAGAGGUUCAGCAAUGGGGAACAGUUUAUGGUCUCUGUGAUGAAAGCUAUAGAUGAAGAGCAUGUUAUUGGCAUCAAGGCCAUGACUUCUUAAUAAGCCCAGGACAACGCUGGAGGCCUCACAUUCUUAUCCUCCAUUAUGGUUUUCAAGCCUCACCAAAGCUUCUGGCCUUCAUCCCACAUCUCCACAGGUUUCCCUGCUAGUCAAGUGAUAUCCGGAAACUGGACUGGCUCAGCUUCUUCAACUGUACCUCGAGCUCAGGGCUGACUGGCAUUUUCUUCAAUCAACGAAUUUAUCCCCCCCUUAACCAUCACAGCUUAUCUUUGCAAAGGGUACUGAUAUUAUUCCAGGAAUUCCUUACAAUAUUCCAGCAAUUCAUAUCAUUCCUUUCAGAGUAUCGGUGAUAUGCUUUUCUCCCUGUGUGCGUUACUUUUUAAAUCACUCUUUCGUUUUUGAGUUGGCUGUGGACAUGUUUCAAGGCUCAGUUACAGCUGAGAUGCUGUACCUUGUGUUCAACUUAAAUUCUCCCCAAAAUUAUUUUAUCUCCACUUAUGUUACAUCUCAAGUGAACUCCAGCUCUACUGGGUAGACAAUUCAGAGAACCUAAAAACAUACAACGUCAUUGAUAGCUGGAAUAUGCCUUUCUGCACUUGACAAUUAACACAUAUACAUUUACAUGCACACUUAGAGUCGACUUGUAUACACAUGCCUUAGCAGUUAUACAUUUAUGUAAACAGCAAAAUUUAAUUAACUCAGCACUUCAGUUGCAGAUCUUAUGGCAAGCUUUCUACUGCAUCUAGCCGGAUCUGAGUAAGAUUGGCCUUUUCUGGCAGGGAACUCUGCUGUCUCAGCUGUUCUGAAGCUGAACAGGCCUGGACAGGGGUGGUUGGGUGGGGCCAUUUUCUCUUCUAUGCUAUAAAACUUUUUCCUUUCACUUGAGGCCUUUAUGAGCUGACAAAUGUACAGAUAAGGAUUUUGAAAGAACAAAACACUGAAAACCUUUACUAUUAUAGUCUUAAAAAUGUUGUCUUGAAGCUUAAUUUCAAUAAUCAAACUAAUACAACUUUUGCAUUAUUACAGUGCUAAAGAUAUUGAUGCUUCUUGGCACACAAUAGUGGAAACACGAAACCAUUUUAGGUCUUACAGGAUGUAGCCAAAUCUAGGUGGUAGUUAUGCUGAAUGUUAUUCAAGUCUUGUUGUGAUGGGAGACAUUGGUGCGCAAGAACAGAAUAGGUGAGUUUUAUUAUUUAGUUGUAUUUUGGGUGGGGGUAGGUAAAUUUGGGGGUGGUUGGUCUGUUUGGAGUUUAAUGGGAUUUUUAUCGGUUUUGUGCAGAGUUUGCAUUCUGGCUCACAUGGAUUUUUACAAAAUCACGUUGAAUGGUUGUUCUCUAGGUUUACAUCCACAUGAACAGAACUUAGUGGGAGACAUUGGUAAUGGCAGGAAAUCAGAAUGUGUUUACAUGCACUAUAUUAACUUGGUUGCUGUAGAACCUGCAUUUAUGUGCAGGUAGUCAGUCUUCUCCCCUACCUCUUCCUUUAAAAUUAAAACUGAUUGGCAUAUUUUAAGUGUAUUAGCAUUAUAUUUGAAGUGCAGCAGCCUGAGGGUUUUUUUUUUCUCUCCCCUGUUUUUUUUUGAUCACAGCAUUUGGAGUGAUGGAGUGAGAGGGCACACUUUGGUGUAGAAAGCAGUUUUUCAAGAGUGCUUGUGUUAAGAAAUUUACAAAUAACAUGCUGUUCCACUGUGACCUACUUAGACCUGUUUGUUUUAGUGCAAGUUUGAGUCUGACCUUGGAUUUUGGCUACAAGGAUGCACUAUAAUGCAUUACAUGAUCUUUCCACCUCUUGCACCUCUGUCACAGCAAUACUUUUCCUAUUUCAAGUUUUGGUCAUGAACCUGUGCUUUUGUAGAAACCCUAAUAGAAACUCAGAUAAACAUAUACAUGGUCAAGAAAUCUGAUUUCUCGAGCAGAAAUCCCUCAACCCUUUACACCUGGUAAGGGACGUGUUUACAUGACGUUUAUGACAUCAGUUUACAUCUAAAAGUUAACAAUAAUCAGAUUACUUACAUGCUUGUAAACACAAUGAUUUUAAUAUUGACAUUGGAAGGUAUUCUGUUUGGCUUUCAAGUUGUUCAGACCGGCAGCUGGUCUGUUAUUUUUGUUCUGACUUCAGUCCACCAAAGUAUUUUUUUUACUUAAGUUCUACAUGAAUUUUGUUUCUCAUCAUUCCAUUCUUGUUCAGUGUGUGGUAUUUUCCCUCAUGUUAGGAGCUGUCGCAUUAAAACAGUGGCUUCCAACUCUGGCUUUUUCUCCUAGCAAUAGCAAUCCAAUUUUCACUUGUACAAAACUGCACAACAACAGUACUCUAGAUUGCAAGGACCAAAGGUGGAAGCCACAUGACUGUCUGUAGUCAGUGUACUAAUGGUAUAUUUGAUAUUAAGAAUUAUGUUUUUCAAGCAGGAAAAAAAUGACUAGCAAAUGAACGCUCUAAAGGCAGCAGUAUAGUAGAAACUGGCGUUAUGUUGCUGUUGUGUAUAUAUUGGCUGAGUUGGGCUGACUAUUGUUCUAUAGCAAAUGGGGGCACAUGCAAGACUACUUUAAGUCCUCUUACAACUUCAGCCUCAAACUGAUUUUAUUGUUCUCGGGGAGUAAAGAGCCUAAAGAAUGUGUGGACAACAUAACCCGUCAUAUGCAAACUGCAGGAAAUGCUGUUUUGGGGCAGUAAACAAAGCUGUACAAAAGUUCAACUACCUUGCCCAGUGAGCCAACACACACUGUGGCAUUGUGCUCUGUCUGUUAUUUUGGUUGCAAGCAUGCCAUUGUGCCUGUGAAAACCAGAUCUUGUUUCUAGUAUACUGCCUCCUUAAAUACAUGUGUAGGUUUUCAAAAGAAUCCAUGUCCUAAUAUCCAGCCUGUAGUGAAAUUUAAUAGUAAUGGCAUUAGGUUUCUAUGCUAAAACAUUCACCCUCCAUCUCCACAGCCCUAACAGAAGAUGACAGUCUUUCCUAAGCCAUAUUUGUAGCCUGUUAAACUUGUCUAUAACCAAAGUUAGACACAGGAAAAUCGACUUCUUUUCUCACCCUCAUUUCCCACCAAUUACUGAGCUGCUCUAGCCUCUUAUAUGGAGCACAAAAUACUACCACACGUCUUGUCAAUGAUCUUCUUAACUGUCUUAAAGGUGUCUCUCAAAUGGAGACAUGUAACAGACUGACCUCUGAUUCUGUUUGAGAAAAUGUUUACACUGUAAAGGGAGAUGGCCCUGGCUUCACGUGCUGAUAUAGGAUCCAGGUCUUCAAGGGAUAAAAGUGCAAAAUGACUGAUGUCAGUGUCAUGAGGGAAGAUUUUCUCAGGGCUCCAAGUGGAGUGUUAGGAGAUGUGUUACUUUAACGGUGUCGGUAGUGAGAAUAAUAAAUGAAAUUAUUAAGGGUUUUUUUUGUUUUAAAUUCUGAUUCAUUUCUCUCAGAAGCCUAAACUAUUCCGGUGUUGGAGAAUGUUGAAUUUCCUGUUUUGUUUUUUUUCCCCCCAGUCUUAUGCCACCUCAUGAGAGACCGUGUCUGCUUCACAUUUUCUCUCUGUCUUUUUACUCUGCUACUUCAUUAUUCUUGCAAGAAACAGUGGUUUGUAUGUUUAGACCACAGGUACAGUAUAUUAUGUUAAAACAGGGCAUAGGUGAAUUAGUCUUGUAUGCUGCAUGUUCAUUGUGUAUUCUGAUGAAGGGGGUUAAAGGUAUUUCCCCAGGUUGGCACGGGUCACUUUCUUGUUUCAGUGUCAAAAUCUAAACAGCUUCCAGGGGAAAUCUGACCUUGAACCUAUUCUGGAACAUAAAGAUACAAAGACAUCUCUUUUGUUCUAUUCUAACCAAUGUAUGGCCACUGUCUUAAAAAUCACAACUGUCUGUUUUUAUUGUUUAGGCAAAAUAAAGUUACCGGCUACAAGAAAUGCGUUAAAAUGA